CUGUACGACAGUAUCACAGCGCCCUCUGGCGGUGACAGUCAUGUGACGCUGCGGCAGGAACUGAAUCAGCAGAGUGUUUACGCUCUUGAGUCACUCCAGUGCUACCGACUGUCGGGAUGUGACCCCGGAACAGGACGCCUUAUACACAACACAGCUCUCAAAUACAACAAAAACGACAGAAUCCUGGACCAGGAGAGCAGUGCAUCAGGAGCAGGGGGGAUGAACCGUGAGGAAGCCCCUGGCAAGUCUCCUGAGGAGAUGUACAUCCAGCAGAAGGUGCGGGUGCUGCUCAUGCUCAAGAAAAUGGGAUCAAAUCUGACGCCAAACGAAGAAGCAUUUCUGCGAAAUUAUGCAGGCGUGGUGCACAGCCAGAUGAGUCAGUUGCCACAGCACCCCAUUGACCAGGGAGCUGAGGAUGUGGUGAUGGCCUUCUCAAGAUCAGAGACUGAGGACAGGAGACAGUGACCUCUCGCCAUGCCAAGUCACUACAGCUGAAUACCACACAACACUGUUGACUGAUGGAGAGGGCGGAGCCCGAGAUAGGAGAGGGGCGGGGCUUUGCUGCAUGUCAAUUGCCCCACUGCCCUUCUCUUCCCCAUUUCCCUCCUCUUCCUCACACUAACUGUUACACUAUCGAGGAUGCGGCUUCACUACCUGAUGAAUUACAGCAAAUGAGUCCCGAAAGAGUCUCCGCUGGGAUAUAUUUGAUUUUGUUUUAUAGGAUUUGUUUUGUUUUUGGUUCCCAUGAGAGACUGAAUGGACCAAGAGCUUCAUUUGUCUGGUCAAACCAAGAAAGAAUAUAAAGAGCCUUAUGGGUUAUGUCAUUAGAAACAACCUUGGUUUAAUCUUGUUCCAUUUUUUUUAUUUUUAUUUUUUUGUAGUUUCUUUUUUUUUUUUUUAUUAUUGUCCAAUGGGUCAUGGAGGUAGGCUUUUUUUAUUUUUAUUUUUUAAGGAUUUUUGUUUGGUUAUCAGUUGUUUAGCAGUUGUUUGCAUGAUAAUGUCAUUGAAAUAUUAAUCUUGUUGCGGAGGCUUGGGAAUUGCGUCAAAACGGAUGAGGCCCGUAUGCGAGCACACACUCGCAGAAUGAUUUACACAAAUUACCUGAUGUAUCAUUAUCUCUUUUUUCAAUGUUUGAAUUAAUGUGAAAUUUCAUAGCCUUUUUUUUUUUUUUUUUUUGUACAGAACAUGAGAAAAAAGUAGAAAAGUGAACGAGCUGUGCCAAUUGUGUUUUAUGUAAAAUAUUUCUAAAGGUAUCUAAUGAAUGUCUUAGGUCCUUAUUUAUUUUUCCAAUGUCUUAAAUUUAGUAAUAAACAUGAUCCCACCCCCAAUAAACUUUUUAAAUUCUGAUUUGUAACAUCAUGUUUUGAUACAAAUGACCUUACAAACCAUAAUAUACAGAAAUUCUUGAGCACAUCAACGGAAAUAGCCACAGCCUUAAUAAUAAUUGUGAUAACAGAAUGUGCCAUACUCAGACAUGAGUUACCAUAUAUUUGACUGUCUAAUACAGUGAUUUAGUGGUGCUAGUGAAAGACACAUUUUCUAAUUAUUCUAAUUAAAGUCAAUGGGGAAUACAAGCUUGUGGUAAUUAAACAGCCCUCUUACUUGAAGGGAUAUUUCACCCAAUCUAGGGAUAGUUACUUACCCUAAUGUUGUUCCAACAUUCAUUUUUUUACUUUUAACAGUUCAAUUAAAUAGAUUUUUUGGCCUCUGACCUUUUUGGUAACAUUAUGUUCAUUAUUUAAUGUGUAUUCUUGUUUUGUUAACUUGCUUACAUAAUUAUUGUAUCUUUAGUGUUUUGAAAUGACGCAUGCCUGCUUUGUUGUUUAUACGGUGUAUGUUCAAGUAGCUCUGUAAUGGUUAUGAGAGCCUUGCUGCAUUAAACAUCAAUGUACAUCUCUUUUUAAUCCAUGCAUUUAAGUCCUUUUGAAAGUUCUCGCUAAUAUCCUAAUAUUCCAGCAAUAAGAAUUUGAUUGAAUGUCUUCAUUCACGGAGACUACAUGGCCAGCAGCCACAUUAUCUCUCAACAAUGACAGUAAAGGGCAUCUGAUUACUUUUAACUGUUGUUUUAAAAUCAUGUUUAAAUCCUUAAUUUGUCUAUGCAUUGUUUCUUAACAUUCAGAAGCAUAUGAACGUGUCUUACUGCAAUCAUGUCAGGCUGAGUAUGCGGCCUUUUAGCCUUUGAAUCAUGAAUGUCAUUGUUUUUGAAUUCUUGUUUAAUUCAUUGACAUCAUGGCAUGUUGUCCUUACUCCCUUGAGCUGUAAAACUAUUUAAUGUGAAUUGCUUUUUUUUUUUAUUGUUUUAAAAUUCAAUUGAAUAGUUGUUUUAUGCCAUAUGGCUGUUGACUACAUCCCUUGACUUAAAUGCAUCCAAAAUCUAUACCAACUGAAACAUUAAAUGAGUUUAAAACUG